AAUGGGAUGGCUAACAACAGAAUUACUCGAAACAUAUUUGACCGAUAAGAUUACAAGCAAUGUUUUAUUUAUAUACUGAUACAAAUACAAUGGGCUCCAAUUGUGUCGGUAUCUUCAGUAUUCAGUACACUGUUCUGGUGAUAGCAGUUCUUUCAACCUGCUGAACAAACAAUUCAUUUAAUUAUUAAAUAUUAUAAGUCACAAUGUCUCAGCCUCUCAAAGUGUGGUCAAAAUUCUCAGUAACCAAAAAAGAUGGCAGUGUUCUCAAUUUACGUAUUGUGGAUAUGCCAGAAGAUCCGGAGGUAAAAGAAAAAGUAAUGGAAUGCUUCUACAAGUAUUUUGUAACAGAAGAGUGCGUAUAUAAAGCAUCAGGAGUUCCAGAAAGUGAAGAAUCAAUGGAAGAAUUAAGGGGAGCCUGUGAAAAUAUGGUCAGCAGUCAAACGCCAGUGUUCAGUGUUUGUUGCUUAGACAACGGAGAUGACCAGAUUAACGAGGUGAUGGGAGCAUCACUAAUGAUGUACAUGACAAGGGAAGAGGCAGAAAAGAAGUCAAAAUUUGAGACAAAAGCAUUGCAGAAAUUUAUUCUAAUGGUAGAAUAUUUAGCAGAAAUUUACGAUGAUAUGAGGGCAUUCAAUUUAGAUCCUUACCUCCUUGAUAAAUGGAUAGUUGUGCGCCCGGAGUACAGAGGCCUGGGAAUUGCACAGGAACUUCUUAAAGUCAGGCGACUCAUCAGCAAGGAGUACGGUAUACCUAUCAACGGAGCCUGGAUGACGUCAUACGGCACACAGAAGGCUGCGGAGCGUGAUGGCUGGGAGACUGUCUGCGAGCUCCAGUAUGAGGACUUGGAGAAGAAGUUCAACGUCACAUACGGGAGACAUCCACCUUCCACGAAGUUUAUGAUCGCCAGAAUACCAAUUUAAAUGUUUAUUGUUUUGAUUAAACCGUUUUAUAAAAGCGAUCAAUAAAAUAAUGUAAAACUUUCGUAUAAUAUACAGAGUACCUACAUACAUGAUCCUUCUUUUUAAUUACAUGUAA